UAUUCGGAUUUUGAUCCAACCGUCAUAUUGAUUACAAAUAUUUUUCUAGCUAAUGUAACUCGUUUACAUGUUUACGAUGGUAAACAAAUCGAUAAUUAUCUUCAAGAAUUUCUUAAUGAUUAUUCUAAAAAAUUACAUAUGAUUGAUAUUUAUAUUCAGGAUGAUUUAUUAAUGAUUCAAACGGAUAAUAAUAAAUAUCUUACCAUCGAUAGUAUUGCACAAAUUUGUUCAUCAAAUAACCAGGAAAACAACGAAGAAAAAAUCAAUACAAAUGAAUUACAUCAAAGAAAAUUAUUUCAACAUUGUCUAUUGAUGCAAGGAACAACCAUAUUAUAUUUAUUAUUUGACCCGAAUGAAAUACGUACAAAAUUUUUUAAAUCAUUUUUUCUUGAUCUAUUACAAUCGAUUGGUUAUCAACAACAAAAUAAUAAUAAUCUUGUUUUCCGCGUUGCUAAAUAUUGUAUGAUUUUAAUGGGACAACAUUUAAAUCCCGAACAGCAACCGUUGAACAAAAAUAAUACAAAAUCUUUAUUAAAUCAAAUGAUAAUGAAUAAUUUGGAUUAUAUUUUCAGUUCGUUUAGUAUCGGAUUGGAUUAUAGUGUUAUUGUUCAACAUAGAAAAUCGGGUGAAAUUUCCAAUUCUUAUACAUAUGAUUUUUAUUCAAUCAAAACAAUUCAAAAUUCAUUGCUUACUAUAAUCGAAUUGAUUAUUGAUUAUCAUCGAUCAAACAAUGAUGACAAUAAGUCGCCUAUUUCUUCAUCAUCACAAAUAGAAUAUCUUCAUCGAUUAAUUGAUCAGAUUUUAAUAUUAUUAAAAUAUUAUUCAAUACGUUUGAUUGAUAUUGAUACGAGUGAAUUGAAUAAAUUGAUUGAAAUACUUUAUGCAUAUGUCCGGUUGAUAACAUUGUUGUAUGAUGUUCAUGGUGAAUCGCCGACUACUACCACUUUUAUGAUUGAAAAUAAUGUUGAUCAAAACGAUCAAAUGGAUGACUUGAUUGAAGAUGUUGAAUGCUAUGCUCGUACAUUAUCAGCUAUGGAAAAAGAUCUCAAAACAUCUUCACCAGUAGAUUUGAAUAGUUUUCAAAAUACCAUCAUUGAUGAAAACGUUGAUCAUCAUGAUGAUAAAAUGGAUGAAAAUCUUAGAAUACUUCAAUCUCCAAUCAUAAAAUCACGUGUUGCAAAUAUUUUUCAUCUAUGUCCAAUGUUACUUAAUGAUCCAAAUAUUAAUAUUCGUUUAAAUUUAUUAAAAUUAUCAUUCGAAUCAAUGCGAUUAUUACGAUCUUAUGAAGAUAUACUUCUUCCAUAUGUUCAUCGAUUUUGGGAUUCAUUAGUACGAUUAUUGUCAUUGGAUUUAGAACAUCCGGUUGUCGUUAAGAAUGCAUUCGAUUGUCUAAUGUUGGCCAAUGAAUUAUGUGGUGAUUUUUUACUUCGUCGUAUUAGUAAAGAAAUUAUACCUGCAUUAAUCAAUUUUCUACAAAUUCAUUUCGAUAAACGUAUCGAUUAUUAUCGUAAACAUUGUCAUAAUGAAACAUUAAAAACAAUGAAUUAUUUUAUUGAAUUAGAAUUACUUAAAUCAUUUGGAAAAUUAGCUGUAAAUAUUAAAUUACAAUCCGAUGAUAUUUGUAAAAUAUUACCAAUUCUUUUACUUUAUACAUGUUCAAAAGGAAUUGUAAAUGAAUUACAGGAAAAUUCAUUACAAUCAUUAAUUAUUAUAUCAAACAAAGCUGAUUAUUAUUCCGUUCAGUAUUUUGUACAUAUUUUUCUAGAAAUAUUCUACGGAAAACAACCGGAAUCAAUUCGAAAAAACGACAAUAAUCAAUGUUCAUGUCAAAAACAACGUAAUCAUUAUGAAAAAUUGAUUCAAAAAUAUUCAAAUUUAUUAUUACCAUUAGAUCAUCAUUUUAAUUAUCUAAAUAAAUUGAUAAUACAUUUA